AUUUUUGUGUUGAGUUUCUACCAGAGUCUUGUGCUCCGUUUCGUACGUACAUUGUGGGAAGUGCGGUUGUGUUGCUUGAUUUUUAUUAAAAACAAUUUCAGCGCACAAUAAAAACUGUGUGUUUAAUAAUCAACAACGACUUCGACGUGUAUUAGUGCCGCUUUAAAACUAUUUAACGAUGUCCGAAUAUUGGAUUAUAUCAGCGCCUGGCGACAAGACGUGCCAGCAAACCUUCGACACGAUGAACAACUUAACCAGCAAGCAACAUAAUCUAUGCAAUAACUACAAGUUCCAUAUACCCGACUUGAAGGUGGGCACACUGGAUCAGUUGGUUGGCCUGUCCGAUGAUCUGGGCAAGUUGGAUACGUACGUGGAGCAAAUCACGCGCAAGGUGGCCCUGUACUUGGGCGAGGUGCUGGAGGAUCAGCGCGAUAAGCUGCAUGAGAAUUUGCUGGCCAACAACAGUCCUGGUCCACCUGACGAGAGCAUGCCGUGUCGACAUCACCAGCGUCUGAAGCAUCUGAGCCUGCGCCAUCAGCGUAAACACCAGCACACGCACCACCAAAACAAUCCGCUACACCACCAUAACAACCACCACAAUCAUCAUCAUCAGUAUCUGCCGCAGCUGCCCGCGGAUCUCAAGGGUAAAUCCAACAGCAACAAAUCGACAACAACAACAACUACUACUACUACUACUACCACUACCAAUACCAAUACCAAUAUGCAUGCAGCGCACGCCUCCGCCUCCGCCUCCGCCUCUGCCAACGUCCCAGCCACAGCCUCUGCCUAUGCGUCCGCCUCCGCCUCGACAUCAGCCAGAGCCAGCUGCUCGGCGUGCCAGGUGAGCGGCGCCAGCGGCGGCAGCCUGAACAAUUUGUCCCUAACCCACGAUGAGUCGGAGCGUGAUUUUGAUUUUGUGAUACCGCCAUCGGGCUGUGCCUGCGACGAAUGCUACGGGCUGCUCAGCAACAGCAGCAGCGUCUUUGCCCCGCCCAGUGCCAGCGCCACGGCGAGCACACUGAUGGCCGACGAUUGCUAUACCCAGACAGCUUCCUCGAUGCUGAAUGCCACGCGCUGUGCGAUCAACACUGUGACGGCCAUAGCAACGGGCAACAGCACUCCGGGCAGUGCGACGGCCGUAACGGCAGCAACUGUUGCUGAUGCCAAGGCCAGUUCGGCAUCAACAAUUUGCUCCUCGGCCUAUUUCUCAACGUCGGCGCCAACGGGCAGCAGUUCGGUGCAAAGCAUGUCGCGCUCUAAUAGCAAAAAGCUAAAUAACAACACUUGCAGCAUAAACAAUAACAAGCUGAGCUUUCGUAGCAGCAGCAGUCAAUUUCAAAUGCCAGCGCAGCAACAACAGCAGCAGCAGCAACAACAUCAUCAGCAGCAGCAACAGCAACAACAACAAUCGCCAUUGCAAUCGCCAACAGAAAAGUCGAUAUGCGAUACGGAUACGGAGGAUGCGGAUGAUUUGGAUGAUCCAAAGAGUCCGAAUAGCGCCUCCUCAUUAUCCGAAACAUUCGACUGGUGGUUCAAUAAGCCGAAGCGUAACUCUAAGAAGUGCAGCACACAGACAUCCACACAGCCACCGAUACAGCCACAGCCACAGCCACAAACCCAAUGCAAAUUCAAACCAAUUACAUUUUGGCAUCAGACAUCGCCCACACCGCGCUCUAGUUAUCGCUCUUUCUUCAAUUCUCUUGCCGAUCAAAUUUAUAGCAAACGUUCUACAACGUCUCAAUUAAAUAUAAACAAUGGAUUUAAUUUAACUACAACACAUAGAUCGUCACCAGUGAGUAGUUGUUGUGGCAGUAGUAGCCAGGGUCGUUCCAGUCCAGACACGGAUCAUGCAGCUGAGCCGCCCGAAUUUCCACUCAGUCCAGCCGAACUACCGCAGUAUUUAACGCGUUUCCAAUGGGAUAUGGCCAAAUAUCCGAUCAAGCAAUCGCUUCGCAAUAUAGCCGAUAUCAUAUCGAAACAAAUUGGUCAAAUCGAUGCCGACUUAAAAACCAAAUCGCAGGCCUACAACAAUCUGAAAGGCAAUCUGCAGAAUCUGGAAAAGAAGAAAACUGGCAGUUUGCUGACACGCAAUCUGGCGGAUUUGGUCAAGAAGGAGCACUUCAUACUGGAUUCGGAGUACCUGACCACGCUGCUGGUCAUUGUGCCAAAGGCCAUGGCUAAUGAUUGGUUGGCCAAUUAUGAGAAGAUUACGGACAUGAUUGUGCCACGCUCAUCGCAGCUCAUCAAGGAGGAUCCCGACUACAGCCUCUUCAAUGUGACGCUCUUCAAGAAGGUCACCGAGGAGUUCAAGCUUCAUGCUCGUGAACGUAAAUUUAUUGUGCGUGAUUUCGUUUACAACGAGGAGGAGCUGGCAGCGGGCAAGAACGAGAUGACCAAGCUAAUGACCGAUAAGAAGAAGCAGUUUGGUCCUCUGGUGCGCUGGCUGAAGGUGAACUUCAGCGAGGCUUUCUGCGCCUUGAUACACGUCAAAGCGCUGCGCGUUUUCGUGGAAUCUGUGCUGAGGUACGGCCUGCCUGUUAAUUUCCAGGCCAUAUUGAUUGAGCCCAAUAAGAAGAGCGUCAAGCGCUUGCGUGAUGUGCUCAAUCAGCUGUAUGGCCACUUGGAUGGUGCAUCCGCUGGCGGAAAUGUGAGCAGUGCUGAUAAUGUGGAUAUACCCGGCUUGGGCUUUGGCCAAUCUGAAUACUAUCCGUAUGUGUUCUACAAGGUGAACAUCGAUAUGGUUGAGCAAACCAAGCUUUAAGAAGGCAACGCACGUGCCUCUACUUCGCACACACCCACAUAACCCCGCACGCCCAUACACAGCCACACAGCAAUAAAUAUAUAAAUACAAAUGAAGAUCAACAACUUACUGAAUAUGCAAAUUGUAUUCACAGCAACAGCUAACACACACACACAAAAAAACAAAAGAGAAAACGCUGUCUGCUUCCCUAAACAAAUCAAGAACAAUUCUAAUCUGCUCAUAACUAAAAAAAAAAAAAACAAUAAGUGCAUAUAGUUAAAGAUAAAAG